AUGCACAUUCCAGCCCUGGGGUGGAACAACGGCGCUCUGCUUCCCCUCCGCAACGUGGACAGAGCUCUCCUGCUCAUGGUCGCAGUCGGGUAUGCUCCACUAGUCCUAGGCAUCAAUCAGAGUCUUCUGAGGAUAGAGAGUCUUCUGACCAUGAUCACUCCAAUCCCUCAACCUGGACUCGAAAAUUAUUCUACUCUAGGCAAGAUUGCAGCUCACACGGUAGAAAUGUUUACACCGUUUAAAGUUAUCCUAAAAGAAGGAUACACUCGUGACCCGGAAGAGGACGAUAAAUCGACUGUCUCAAUAAGUUCCAAGCCUGUUCUCAAGCUGAGGCCAACAUUCCACGAUGAACUGCGCGAAGGUGGCCCAGAUCAUAUUAAACAUGUGUAUGCUCAGAUGGAUAAUGGUCGCAUCCAGGUUCGAACAACAGAUAUACAUGGCGUCAAGGAGAAGAUUUCAAACUGGCGCUCAUGGAACCCCAGUUUCCCCACCAUGCAACGUGCGACACAAGCUGGCUUUGCACAUCCAGAAUGUGGUCGACUUCUAUGUCCAUCGGAACUCAACUGGGACGACGAUGAAGUUCGGCAGAACAUCAUUAAUGGUACUGAGCCUGUCGAAGCAGAUGACUUGUGCAACCUCUGCUAUGCCAAUGAACGGAUGGAUCCCCAGGAUAAAUUUGUUGGAUUCAUGCGCAAUGACCUGCUUGUAUCGUGUGGCCUGCAUAUUUGGCAUGGACCAUCAUACGCCAAUCUCUCAGGAUCCUCACGUAGUACAAGAGCUGGCAAUGGUCAGAAGCACGAUAUAACAAAGAUGACUGUACCCGCAAUAGCUUACCUUGCAGGUGCUUGUACGUUCUUUUUGUUUGCUAGCUAUUCUUCUGUCUGGAGCUCCAACGGAGAGUUUGACUACAGGCUUUUCUAUCAUACGCUCAUGGAUAUCAUGGAAUCAAUGCCGGAAGAUGAACUAAAGGAUCUCUUGGAGUGGUGGGACGAGAAAAUUUUUGGUGAUGUUAAGCGUAAGAAGAGUCGUCGAGACAGGCCUGCGGGAAAGGAAUCAUUGGCAGUCCGCUUGAAGGCCAUAGCAGAGGCACGAAAGAAGGCGAAGCGCCAGCCAUUAUGUGAUGUCUUGAAUGAAGAGCCUGAGGAAGCAGCUUCAGCGUAG